GGUGGCGAGCGGAGCGAGCCACCGAGCCCGAAGCGUGGCGAGCGUACUUUUCGGGUACCCUGUUUGGCCGUAGCUCCUCCCCCUGGUGACGUGUCUCCGCCCCUAGGUACGUCACAAGGUCCCUUCUACCACUCCAAUAUAGAACCAACCGUGUGGCCGGGGCUCCAGUCAGUCUCCUGCAUCAGUCAGACCUUGUAACUGAUAUUACACUCCUCACUCUCUUCACAUAUGGUGCUGAGUAUAUAGAGGAACACGGGUCUGUACAAGGACGUGAUGAUGGAGAAUCACCGGCCCCUCACAUCACUGGAUGGGCCCAGUAACAGAGAUACCCCAGAGAGAUGUCCCCGUCCUCUGUAUUCCCAGGAUUGUAAAGAGGAGAAUCCCAGGAUCCCACAGGAGGAUCAGAGUGAACAAUUGACUGAAAUUAAGACAGAAGAUAUAGAUGGCGAAGAAGAGAGGUAUGAGACUGACAGUAAAGGAGAAGAUAUAAAGAAGGAAGAGGAGAAAUAUGUGAGGAGAUAUCAACAGUGUAAGGAGGAGAAAAUCCCUACAGAUAUCAGCACAGCAGGUGGACUCCUAGGUAUGAACACCCGGGAAGGGCCUCUCAGUGUAUCUUCUGAUUUUGAUAACAAAGAUAAAAUAACACAAGAUUCUCCAGGAGACAACGCCAGUAUACAUCCAACACCUGACAGUGCAGAUAUAUCAUCUAACUCCACUCAUUAUGAGGAACAUUUUCCUGAUCACUCAGAUGUUGCCACACACAAGAGAACUAAUAGGAGAGCUCAUAGAGUUCCUACUGUAAUUUCCUGCUCGGAGUGUGGGAAAUGUUUUCCACAUAAAUCAGAGCUUGUUACACAUCAGAGAAGUCACACAGGUGAGAGGCCAUUUCCAUGCUCUGAGUGUGAGAAAUGUUUUAAACAGAAAUCACAACUUAUUACACAUCUGAGAACCCACACAGGGGUGAAACCAUUUCCAUGCUCUGAGUGUAAGAAAUGUUUUAAACAGAAUUCAAAACUUAUUACACAUCUGAGAAUCCACACAGGGGAGAAACCAUUUCCAUGCUCCGAGUGUGAGAAAUGUUUUAACCAGAAAUCAGAACUUAUUAGACAUCUGAGAACUCACACAGGGGAGAAACCAUAUCCAUGUUCUGAAUGUGGGAAACGUUUUUCAAGAAAGUUGGCUCUUGUUAACCAUCAGAGAAUUCACACAGGUGAGAGGCCAUAUCCAUGCUCUGAGUGUGAGAAAUGUUUUAAACAGAGCUCCCAGCUUUUUAAACAUCUGAGACGUCACACAGGGGAGAGACCUUAUCAAUGCUCAAACUGUGGGAAACGUUUUAUAGAGAAAUCAGAUCUUAUUAAACAUCAGAGAAGUCACACAGGUGAGAGGCCAUAUACAUGUCCUGAGUGUAAGAAAUGUUUUACACAGAAAUCAGAUCUUGUUACACAUCUGAGACGUCACACAGGGGAGAGACCUUAUCAAUGCUCUGAGUGUGGGAAAAGUUUUAUAGACAAAUCAGACCUUACUACACAUCAGAGAAGUCACACAGGUGAGAGGCGAUAUACAUGUUCUGAGUGUGAGAAAUGUUUUACACAGAAAUCAGAUCUUGUUACACAUCUGAGACGUCACACAGGGGAGAGACCUUAUCCAUGCUCUGAGUGUGGGAAAUGUUUUAUAGUCAAAUCACAGCUUAUUAGACAUCAGAGAAGUCACACAGGUGAGAAGCCGUUUCCAUGCUCUGAGUGUGGGAAAUGUUUUACAGCCAAAUCACAUCUUAUUAGACAUCAGAGAAGUCACACAGGUGAGAAGCCAUUCUGCUGCUCGGAGUGUGGGAAAUGUUAUAUGUUUAAAUCCAGUCUUGUUGUACAUCAGAAAAGUCACACAGGCGAGAGGCCAUUUCCAUGUUCCGAGUGUGAAAAAAGUUUUUUAAAGAAAUCACAUCUUAUUAAACAUCAGAGAACUCACACAGGGGAGAAACCAUUUCCAUGCUCUGAGUGUGGGAUGUGUUUUAAACAAAAUUCAGAUCUUGUUGAACAUCAGAGAUUUCACACAGGUGAGAGACCAUUUCCAUGUCCUGAGUGUGAUAAAUGUUUUAGAAAGAAAUCAAAUCUUGUUCAGCAUCUGAGAACUCACACAGGGGAGAAACCAUUUCUAUGUUCUGAGUGUGGGAAACGUUUUCCAAUAAAGUUGGAUCUUGCUAAACAUCAGAGAAUUCACACAGGUGAGAGGCCAUAUCCAUGCUCUGAGUGUGAGAAAUGUUUUGCACAGAACUCCCAGCUAGUUGCACAUCUGAGACGUCACACAGGGGAGAGACCUUAUCCAUGCUCCGAGUGUGGGAAAUGUUUUUCAGACAAAUCACAUCUUAUUACACAUCAGAGAAGUCACACAGGUGAGAAGCCAUUUUGUUCUUGAAGAACCUGAAUUCUGCACAAUCUUUAAAGGAAAGCCAAUUCUUGCUACUCAUCAGAAUUACACACAAUUGAAGAGCAAUCCACCCCUGUAUCCUCUUAUUUCAUUAUCAUCCAAAUAUGGGGAAAACAUUUUACUCUGAAAUGUUUUACUUUUCUAAAAAAUAGUGGCUUGAUAUUAAUUAUUUAUAGUGAUUAAUUGGAUCCUUUUAUUAUGUAUCUUAUGUGUUUUAAUAAAUGUUUCUAUUAUCUGUCCAUUAAUAGAUUAUUGACCUAUUAGUUAAUUUCUGGAGCGCUGGUUACUUAUUGUCCAAUACAAAUUGUCUAGUUAUCAGCGGCAGCUGCAGCGCCGUCCAAAGUGUGUAGGGGGAGCUGGCCAGGACAUAUGAACAUACAUGAAAAGUUGUAUGUAACAUACAGUACUGUGAAAAAGUUUUAGACAGGUGUGGAAAAAAAUACUACAAAGUAAGAAUGCUUUCAAAAACAGAAGUAUUAAUAGUUUAUUUUUAUCAAUAAAAUGCAAAGUGAAAGAACAGAAGAUAAAUCUAAAUCAAAUCAAUAUUUGGUGUGACCUCCCUUUGCCUUCUAAAUGGCAUCAAUUCUUCUAGGUACACUUGCACACAGUUUUUGUAGAAACAGUAUACAGCCGCAGGAUGAAGGAGGAAAGAUGGAGCCGAGGGGACAGGGCCUGACAAGAUGGAGAUAGAUGGGAUGGGGUGGAAGAGCAGGAAUGGUU